CUUCUGGCGGUGAGGUCAAAGGGCGAGCACAUGGCGCCAGCUAGAGUGCAUCCUACACUACUAGUGUGGAAACUAGUACGCAUCCCGUGACUAGUAUUAAUGAUAGCGUAGUGUUUUGCCGUGCUGUUCAGUACAGUAGCAUGCGGCUUUCCACGCACACUGUGAGGGAUUUGAGAGGUUCAUGUGGAUAGUUUAGUGUGAGAGUGUGUAACACAGUACACUGAUCACACUGUCGUGUUGUUGUGUAAAUCUGCACUCCACAUGCCUUCCUGCCAUCACAAGUGUGUAUCAGUAAAUAUAGUCUGAGCAGUAUGGAGUAUUUACCAGACUGUAAUAAGAGAUAUAAAGAUGUGGAGUACUGGAAUGAAAGAUACCAAACUGAAGAGACUUUUGAGUGGUUUGGAGACUUCACUAAAUUCCGCCAUCUUCUGGUCCAGCAUGUGGGAAAAGAGGAAAACAUCCUGAUGUUGGGUUGUGGGAACAGUGCUCUAAGCUUGCACAUGUACCUGGCUGGCUACUUGACCAUCACUAAUGUGGACUACUCCAGUGUGUGUGUGGAGAGCAUGGCCCAGCGUCACGCUGACUGCAUGGGCAUGAGCUGGGUGUGCAUGGAUGCCCGUCGUCUGGCUUUCCCUGACUCCUCGUUUGACGUGGUCAUGGAAAAGGGCACGCUGGAUGCUAUGCUUGUGGAGGAACGAGACCCCUGGAACAUUUCGGAUGCCAGCGCCCAGCUACUGCACGAAGUUCUCAAAGAGAUCAGUCGGGUCCUGAAGCCUGGAGGUCGUUUUGUGUCAGUGACCUUUGCACAGCCACACUUCCGGAAGAAACUGUACGCUCGCCAAGAGUACGGCUGGUCCAUCAACCACUAUCCCUACGGCGACAGCUUCCACUACUUUCUUUACGUCCUCACCAAAGGGGAGGAGCUUAGCCCAGAAGAUGCUGCAUUGGAGAGGAGGGUGUGUUCCCAGACGGAGGACCCGCCCACUGUGGUCACGUUUCAGGAAGUUGAAAAUGAGGACUUCCUCAAUAACAUUGGCCUGUAAAAGCCUGCAACAUUGAGCUCAGCCUAAACAAACAAAGACCUAUGGUUUUCUGAAAGUUACUUCUAUUUGUUUUAAAUGUUUUUACUAUGGAUUCAUUGUGGUUAUGUUAUAUGGAACAUCAUGGAAUGUUUUUUUUUUUUUUUUGUCAGUGUUUGAUCAGAAAAUUCUCAGGUCCUUGAAAUCUGAAAGUGAUUUCAGAUUUGUACAAAUGCAGUGUCAGAUAUUGUUCGCUUUGGAUGUGAAGUUGAGGCAUAAUUUUCUGGCAUUCAUAAUAUUUUAUGCAAUGUUCCUCUCAGUAGGAAUUUUAAUCAGUGUUGCCAAUUUCUUAACAUUUGAUAAAGUAAUAUUAUUGUAAUGUGGGUGCUUUUUUUGAGAAUAUGAGAAUAUUCUUAUUCUCCUUCCCUCUCCUACCCUCCGCAUAUUAUAGGUGCACAAUUAUAUCUUUUUCCAUGCACAGUGUGUUAAUCAUCCUCUAGCCCUUCAUCAGUGUCAGUACCUGACCCUGUAUAUCUUUGGAUGGCAGACUCAACCCAGUAGUGACACUGAUGUGUUGUCUUUGUUUUAAAAUGGUUCUUUGUUAGCUUUUUACACACCUAAACCUGACAUAAUCUGAGAAUAUUCUUGUUCUCUUUCCCUCUGUCUCCCUCUAUUUCAUGAUUUCUUUCUCCCUCUUUCUUCCAGUCUGGCCUAUUUUCCUACAUGCUAUGUUGUGGAUAUAAAAUAGGCUGAACUCAUUUGACAUUUUUACAUUCAUAGAGAGACAGCCCUGUCAUAGAUUAAUCACCAAACAACAAACUGUUUCAUUUGCUAUUUUCAGGAAACUGUGUGUAUGUGUGCAGACACAUCCCGUUGUAAAUGAGGUUUAAAUAUUGUACUGGCCACCAGGACUUGGCGACAGUCAUUAAUAAACCAGAAAUCAUUUAUUUUUAAUUUUGCUCUGAAAUCUAAUUACUAGCUAUUUUUAAAGGCUGGAAAAAGGUGCCCACAUUUCAGAGCUUCCUGUGCUGAUGUACUGCAGAUCGGAGGAUUGCAGAAUUUAAACUCAUCUUUCGAUCAGAAGACACUUUUAAUGGACUUUUAAUGUGAUGAAACAGUGUUUUCACGAUUCAAGCUCAGGUCGUGUAACUCCAGUGUUAUACACUAUAUCUUGGCCAAAUUGAAACUGAAACACUGAUUUAUUCAUGUGACUUUUUGUAUCACAUCAUCUUAUUCUUAUUGAAUAGUUUGUAAACUGUAACUCUUUUAUGUACUAGUUUCUGGGGAAAUUUUUGUAGUGAAAUGUUCGAAAUUCUAUUUUUAUCUUCCUGGUAUACCACAGUGUAUUAAUUUUUUUUUUUAUUACAAUAUAAAAUGUAUAAUCACCUUAUGAACGUGGCUGUAUUUCCCCCUCAGCCAUCCCAGUGUGGAAGAGUAUCUCAGUUGGUCCUAAACUAGUUCAUGUACAUGUUGUGUGUGGCCUUAAAUCAUGCGUAAUCAUAUGGGUAAUUAACCACAUUAUUAUACUGUAACAGUUAGAGUUCAUUUGUUAGUUAAAAAUAGUACUGAGCUGCACGUCAACAGAAUGCUAAGAUUUGCUGACAAAUGCUAUUGAUUUGCCUCAUAAAUCUUUUAGCUGUGCUGAGCAGUCCAGCAGUCAGAGAUGCAUGAUGGUUCAUUAAGCUGUAUAAAGGCCUUUUCAUCUUCUGUACAGCAGCAUUGAGCUAUGGUGCUGUAUCAGGUGAGCUGCAGGUAUUAUGUAUCAGCUGAUCCUGCUGGUUUCUCCACUAACUCACCUGGCUGCUUUGGUGCCUUGAAUUAGGGGGUGGAGGUGGGACAUGAUGUCCAAUCUACUUAGGAAAGCUGAUAUGAGGGUCAGAGAGAGAGAAUUAUAGUGAGCACUGUGAUGUGCAUUCUCUUGUUACCACCAGCUACAGUACUAGUUUUGUCUUUAGCCAGCUCUCUGCUCCUGACUGAGCUCAUGUGAAGCACUUCAUAGAGAGUUGAUGAGUGGAAAACAAAAAUUUGAUGAUGAAUUAAAAUUCAUUAUUUUUAAAGUUUU